UGGUGCGGCACGUGGUUACUAGGCAAUGUCCCUUUAACUUUUACCGUGUUUUAAGUUUCUAGCUAUGGCAUAACGUGCACGGAAACGCUAUAAAUGCAAAAGUUCACGGAAAACUGAAGGACAGGAACAUACAUGAGAUUGAACUGUUAGAAAAAAUAUCAUGUUUGUAAGCCACUUUGCGCUCGGAAGAGAUUUAGAGGAUUUGCCGUCUAUAUUCGACACACAAGAGCUUAUGGGACACAGAAGUGGGUUAUAGCAGGACUGUGUUUACUUCUGUGUAUAAAACGGAUUUAUUUUUAAAUACAUUUAUUUUCAAACUGCCGGAACAUAACAAAACCCUUUGGAACGAAACGGAACGCGUGGAAAUAUUAAUAACAUCCUGAAGUUUCAGUAUUUGAUCAAAUGGGAGACUGCAAUGAGCUGCUCGGAGCGUCUGAGUUUAUCAAAGAUCGUCUGUAUUUUGCUACUCUUAGAAGCAAACCCAAGAGCACAGCAAACACACAUUUCUUCUGCACAGAUGAGGAAUUUAUAUAUGAAAACUUUUAUGCAGAUUUUGGGCCCCUCAAUCUGGCAAUGCUGUACAGAUACUGCUGCAAACUGAACAAAAAACUAAAGUCUUUCACUCUGUCCAGAAAGCGCAUCAUCCAUUACACCAGUUACGACCAACGAAAGAGAGCCAAUGCAGCCUUCCUCAUCGGUGCUUAUGCGGUAAUCUACUUAAAAAGAACUCCAGAGGAGGUGUACCGGGCCCUGAUCUCUGGAACCAAUGUGUCAUACCUGCCCUUCAGAGAUGCUGCUUUUGGGAACUGCACAUAUGAUUUAACCAUAUUAGACUGUUUACAAGGAAUCCGUAAGGCCUUGCAGCAUGGGUUUUUUGACUUUGAGAAUUUUGAUGUUGAAGAAUAUGAACAUUAUGAGCGUGUAGAAAAUGGAGAUUUUAACUGGAUUGUGCCAGGAAAACUGUUGGCCUUCAGCGGACCUCAUCCCAAGAGCAAAAUAGAGAAUGGUUAUCCACUCCACGCUCCAGAAGCAUACUUUUCCUACUUUCGCCAGCACAAUGUUACAGAUGUUGUGCGACUGAACAAGAAGAUUUAUGAAGGUCAGCGCUUCACAGAUGCCGGGUUUGAACAUCACAACUUGUUCUUUGAAGACGGCACCACGCCUAGUGAUCUCCUCACAAGACGCUUUCUGCACAUCUGUGAAAGCGCCAAGGGUGCCGUAGCUGUCCACUGCAAGGCUGGCCUUGGCAGGACAGGCACUCUGAUAGGCUGCUACCUGAUGAAGCAUUAUCGCUUCACAGCACCUGAGGCCAUUGCCUGGAUACGAAUCUGCAGACCGGGCUCCAUCAUUGGACCACAGCAGCACUUUCUCGAACAGAAGCAGCACAGUAUGUGGGUGCAAGGUGAUCUCCAUCAGUCCAAGCAGAAGCAACAGCAGCUGAGGCAAAGCCGACAACAGGAGAGAAACAUGGCCCAUCUCAUCUCCGAGGUGGACGACAUGUCCAUCGACAGCACCAUUCUGAAGCCACCAAGUGUGGAUGAGAAUGAGUUCAGAGAAGAAGACAUGAUUCCAACUCAAGGAGACAAACUACUAGCUCUAAAGGGCCAACGCAACCCCAGAUCUACAGUCACAGUGCUUAGUGGGAUAAGCCCAGCUCCAGGCACCAUUUCCCCUCUCAAGUCUUCCAAAGCUCAUCUCUUCCUCUCCUCUUCCACUGCGCCACGGAGACUAACAAGAACCCCUUCCUCCUCCGCCGGCAAUCUAAAAAGCUUCAGUCCCCGUUUAGCCCAUUCCCUCAGCAACCUCUACGAUGACAACAACUUCAAUGAUGAUGACAGCAGCACACCUCCUUCCUCCUUUGCACCCUCCCCAUCUCCUGCUCUAACCCCCGUGCUUCCAUCAGGCUUCAGCUUUGGGUACACCUCUGCUGACCCCCGACUUCCUCCCUCACAUGUAAACUUCAAUCAAGAGGCCGACACCAACCUCAACAGCCUUACUGGAGCUAAUACCGUUAGCACUAAUCGCACAGUCAGGCCUAUGAACAGAACCGGCUAUAGUCUGUUCUCCGGUGGUCGGCCAAACCCUCGUAGAGGUCCGUUGCGUGGUGGACUAAGCGGAUUUCCAGGGCGCUACCUCAGCAGAUCCAUUCCAUCCCUUCAGUCUGAAUAUGCUCAGUACUAAGACUAUGAUUAUACACUGAUGGCAAUCGCAGCUGACUUUUUGACCAUGGACAGAUCAUUCCUUAAUC